GCGGCUCCCCGGCUCCGUUGCCCAUUUCUGUUCGUUUUUGUUCGUUAAUUUUCUGGAACUAUCUCUGCCUCUCUGCGUUUGUUCCAAGAACUUCUUCUAGGGUUUCUCAAUUCCUGGAUCUAGCUCUGUAUUCGUCUAGGAUGGUUGAAUUCAAGAUGGAGGACAUGGCUCUCCCGGCGCUCUUCGAGCACGCCCGCAAAAUCCAUUCGGCCUCCGAUUCCGCCGUCGAUCAGGAGACGCUUACGAAGGGGAUUGAGGCGCUGCGGAUCUGUGAUGAUCGGGUGAGCAAGCUGGGCUUGUUCUCGGCGAACGAGUCCAAAGACGAUGUCAGCACUGCCAAUCUUAAGUACCUUCUCGUUCCAUUUUAUCUUGGAGAAUUGAUAGAAAAAGUUGCACAAGAUGACAGGAUACCAGUUCUAAAGAAAUCCCAGGACCAAUUGAAGGAGUUCAUUUCCAUUUGUGAAGCUUUGGAGCUUGUUCCUGAAGAAGAGAUAGGAAAUUCUGCACUUGGAGCUACUGAUACUUUAGCUGUUCAAAGGGCGAAAAAGAUCGCUCGGUUCAGACGCCAACGAGCUGCUGAAGCAAAAUUACAAGAAAUUAGAGAACGGAAGGAGAGACGUGACAGGUCAUUGCGAGCAGCAGCUCUGUCAACACCAAUUGAGGUUGGGGAGGAAGAUGCGCAGGAUGACGAUGGAGAGGAAGAACGGGAGGCUUGGCUAACUACAAUAUCCUUGGCUGUUUGUAAGGCAUUUGAUCUCCUUGACAUGUUGAAAAAAGAGGAACAGAUGCUACUUGCAGUAAAGGAAAAACAAUCACAGGAAGGGGAGCACGAAUUUUCUCGUGAGAUUCUGGAUGAGCGUGCCAAAAAAGCUGAAUCUUGGCACCAGAAGGCUGCAAGUCGAGCACCACUUAUAAGACCAAUGCAACCCAUUACAUGUGCAACUUUUGCACAAGAUGUAAUUGAAGGUCGAGCAAAGGCUACAGAAUUUCAUGAGCAUAAACAUCAACCUAUGAUAUUUGGCCCAGCAAGUCUUGUGGGUGGAAGAUUAGCCAGUGAAAGAGAAAUGAUGGCAGCACGAGUAUUCCAGCCUGGUCACAGGUUACCCACUAUGAGCAUAGAACAAGCCGGUUUACGUGAAAUGGAGAUAAUGAAUAAAUGGCAAGAAAUGAAUAAGAAAUUAAUUGAAGAAUCUAAUUCGUCAUGGCAUAAAGAUGGUCCAAUAACAGCCAGUGAUGAUGAGGAGGCUGCCGAGGAAAAGGCAAGGGCAUGGGAUGAUUGGAAGGACGACAAUCCUCGGGGAGCAGGCAACAAGAAGCUCACACCAUGUGGGUAGUUGCAAAAUGCUAUCCAACUUGCUAUAUUUAUGCAAAAUGAACUCAGCAUGUUCAACUUGCUAUAAUGUAUGACUUAAAAAAUUUGUGGUCAGAGACUCAUUCAAUAUCUGUGUGACUAUACAUGUAUCAAGAAUUUUGUUUUUAUUAUCACUGAAUCUGUUUUGCAAGUGUUCAUCAGAGUUUUUGCGCAAAUAAUCCAUCCAUGUGCUUUGAUCGUUU